AUGUUACAGAAAUUGUGUUUUAGUAUAAAACCUUUUAAUAGAUGCUUUACAACAACAAUUAUAAAACAAUAUCUUCUGAUUGAUCAAUUGAAAAAUCGAGGACUUAUAUCACAAGUAUCACAACCAGAGAAUAUUCUUUAUGAAAAAUUAAAAUCAGGAAAGAGUUUAAAAUUGUAUCUUGGUGUAGAUCCAACAGCAAAAUCAUUGCAUUUAGGUAAUGUUAUUCCAUUGAUGUUACUACUACAAUUUUAUUUACACGGUCAUGAUGUUGUAGCUUUAGUAGGAGGUGCUACUGGGAAAGUUGGGGAUCCAAGUGGUAAAAAAACAGCUCGAAAAAUGAUAGUUAACGAGCAAAGAGAAAUUAAUAUAAAAGCUAUUGAAUUUCAAUUGAAAAGAUUUUUCCAAAAUGCCAUUAAAUAUUUAGAAAGCUUAAACAAGAGAACUAAAUAUCCUUUAACUUUUCAAAAAACUAUCACCAGUAAAUAUAAGCUUUUAAACAAUAUUGAUUGGCUAGGAGACGUUAAGUUGCUAGAUUUUUUGGCGGCUUAUGGCUCUCAUAUUAGAAUACAGCCUAUGUUAUCUCGAGAUUCUGUAUCUGCCCGUUUGAAUAGCAAUGAAGGAUUAGGAUUUAAUGAAUUUACAUAUCAAAUUUUACAAGCAUAUGAUUUUCUUCACUUAAACACUGUUCAUAAAAUUGAUGUUCAAAUAGGUGGCAAUGAUCAAUGGGGAAAUAUUACUGCAGGUAUAGAUCUAAUUUCAAGAAUUCAAAAAAACCAAACAGAAAACAUCACAAAUAAUAUUCAGCCAUUCGCUAUAACCGUACCACUAUUAACUACUUCAACUGGUGAAAAAUUUGGAAAGAGUGCUGGAAAUGCCAUAUUUAUUGACCCUGAAAUGAAUUCUGCAUUUGAUAUAUAUCAAUAUUUUGUUAAUACAACUGAUGAUGACUUGUUAAAAUAUUUCAAGCUAUUUACCCUCUUGUCUGAACAAGAGAUAAAAGAAGUUGUAGAGAAUCAUUUUUCUGAGGGACCAAAAAAGAGAUUUGGACAAAAGAGAUUAGCCUGGGAAGUUACUGAGCUUUUAUAUGGUACUAAUACAGGUACAGAAUCCGAAAAAGUUUCUGAGUUAUUAUUCUCCGAUAAUACAGAAAAAUUAACAGUUAAAGAUACUGCAGAUUUAUUCAUAAAGAUGAGGAUAGUACAGGAUGUUAGUUGUACUGAUACACUAGUUAAUAUUCUUUGCAAACUUCUUUCUUGUUCCAGAAAUGAAGCAAUUCGUAAAAUAAGACAAGGUGGGAUAUACUUAGGCCCACAAAGAGAAAGAACAACAGCAGAUAUUACAGAUUUCAGCCCAUUUAUCUCAAAUGACUUAUUAUAUAUCAAAAUUGGUAAGCAGAAAAGUUUUGUUUUAAAAUUUGUUUAA